UGUGACCCGUCGCUGCUCCCCCAGGACUUCAGCAUCUCCCCCAGCACCGCGGAGCUCGUGCUGCUGCACCACAGCGCUACCCCCCCGCUGAAUGGGCUGGACUCCCCCUCCCCCCUGCCCUCCUCCCCCCUCGGCAGCGAGGGGGGCGACCAGCUGCAGCUGCUGCAGCUGGUCGCUGACGCUGCACCUGGACGGCAGCUGCAUACCAUCAAGCUGCAAAAGCCCCCGGGGAGCAGCCUGGGGGUGAGCGUCGUGGGUCUGCGCUCAGAAGUGCGGGGAGAGCUGGGCAUCUACGUGCAGAGUGUGCAGAGCGGGGGCAUCGCCCACCGGGACGGGCGGCUGCGGGAGGGCGACCAGGUGCUCAGCAUCAACGGGCAGCUACUGACGACGGGCGUGUCCCACCAGCAGGCCAUCGAGGCCCUCCAACGGGCCACAGACAUCGUUGAACUGGUCGUUGCUAGAGCGCCCCAGCAACAACAAGAGUUGCCGGAACCUCUCAUCCAACAAGACCUUCAACAACAACAACAACAACAGCAUUUAUCCCCUGUUCUUGAUGCUGAACAAGAAGAAGAGCAACAGGACCAACAGUUACUGCAAGAGGAGCCACAGUUACUGCAACAGGACCAACAGCUGCAACAGGACGCGACAGGAGCGGCUUCUGUUGACGCCAAGCCAGACAUGGUGCUUAUGACGGGCUGGGCGCAGGUUUAUUGUUGA